GCUAAACAGUAGCAAAGAAAAACGCAAACGAAACAUAGCGGAAAAUUUUAACACUGAAUAUGGGGCCCAAAAGAAGCGCAAAGACAGAAAAUGGUACCCCUACCAAGAAGCCAAAGCUGGAACCCAGCACUGUAGACUUCUGCUGGGAAUUUGAAGGGGACAAACGGACAUGGACUCAGUAUGGUACAUCUAUGAACAAGAUAUUGGUGGAUGCCCAUUUAAAAGGAACUGCUAAGGUAGAUUUCAAACUUGAUAAUGGCCAUGAGAUGAGUGUAGACCUCAAGAGUAGUGUGCAAAAAAAUAAGAAAACGGGCUGGGAAAGACCUGUGAGAGUUUCAGCCAAGGACCCUUCUGAUGGAGCCUUUUACGUUUGGAAAUGGGAGGAUGAGAAGGGCAACUAUAAUCCAUACAGUGUUGAGAAUGCCUUGUUGCUAGAGGAGAAAUAUCAACAGAACACAGAUGAGGUUGAGAUACAAGCAGCUGGACGCAGUUAUCUUGUAGAUAUCCCCAAGAAAGAGCAGAAAAAUAAGGACACAGGGGUUGUGAGGAAGAUUUCAAGAACACAAUCAGAUGCCAUAAAAGCUGAUCCAAGUGGGCCGGAACCCACGGAAUCCAGUGGUGUAGAAAGUGACGCACCAGCAACCUCACGCAAAACUAGUAGCCGCGGUAAAUCAGGCAAGGUGAAGGAAGAGCCUCAAGAGGAGGAAGAAGUAGAGAAACCCAAAGCUGCUAAAUCUGGAGGAAAGGGAAAGUCGGGAAGAUCUGGAGCCAAAGAAAGACCAGCAGUGAAAACAAUGGUGAUGUCUGGCAAGGCGCCUGUGGACACUGAGUGCCCCCUGCUGGGGAAGGCUCAUGUCUUCUAUGAGGGCAGUGAUGUGUAUGACUGCAUGCUCAAUCAGACAAACGUCUCCAACAACAACAACAAGUACUUCCUGAUCCAGUUGUUGGAGGAAGACAGCAGCAAGAACUACUACACUUGGUUCCGUUGGGGCCGGGUGGGCUACUCUGGACAGAACAAUCUCGUACGCUGUGGACCCAACCUCGAGGCAGCUAAAAAGCAGUUCAUGAAAAAAUUUCAAGACAAGACAAAAAAUGAGUGGGCCAAUCGUAAGAAGUUUGUGAAAGUGCCUGGCAAGUAUGACAUGCUGGAAAUGGACUACACUGCAAAGGGACUCGAUGAAACUGAUGCCCCAGACUUGAAGAAGACCAAAAGCAAUGUGAAGGUGCCUGACUCUAAGCUGGACAAGCGUCUUCAGUCCCUGAUAGACCUGAUCUGUGACAUCAAGACGAUGGAGGAGGCUGUGCUGGAGAUGCAGUACGAUGCCAAGAAGGCCCCACUGGGCAAGCUCACCAAGGACCAGAUCAAGGCUGGAUAUGCCGCACUUAAGAAGAUUGAUGCCUGCGUAGAGAAGAAGGACUUUGGCUCAGCCCUCACACAGGCUUGUGAUGAGUUCUAUACUAGGAUUCCUCAUGAUUUUGGUAUGAGACCUCCAACAAAAAUCACCACAAAGCAGGAAGUGAAGAACAAAAUAGCUCUCCUGGAAGCCUUGGAUGACAUAGAGAUUGCCAUCAAGAUGUUGAAGGAAGGGGACAUGUCAGAGAACCCCGUUGAUCGACACUACCAUGCCCUGAAGUGUGAUAUGGAACCGGUUGAUGCAACAUCAGAAGAAUAUACGAUGAUAAACCAGUACCUUCAGAACACCCAUGCGACUACACACAACCAAUACAGUAUGAAAAUACUUGACAUGUUUUGUCUAGACAAGCAUGGGGAGGCAAAACAGUUCAAUGACGUUGGAAACAGGCUGCUGCUAUGGCAUGGCUCCCGGCUCACCAACUGGGUGGGGAUUCUCAGCCAGGGACUGAGGAUAGCGCCCCCAGAGGCUCCCGUCACAGGAUACAUGUUCGGGAAAGGAGUGUACUUUGCAGAUAUGUCCAGCAAAAGUGCCAAUUACUGCUUCGCUACAAAAACCAAAAAUGUUGGACUACUGUUACUGUGUGAUGUUGCCCUUGGCAACACAAAUGACCUGCUGGCGGCGGAUUACAGCGCUCACAAGUUGCCUGCUGGGAAGCACAGUGUGAAGGGAGCAGGAAGCAUCGGACCAGACCCUAGCCACACCACUAAAACGCCUGAAGGAGCCUUAGUGCCCUGGGGUAAGCCCAAGAACACGGGAGUGAAGAACCCCAGUGGGUACACACUCAACUACAAUGAGUUCAUAGUGUAUGACACCAGGCAGAUCAGGAUGAAAUACCUCCUCAAAGUGCAGUUCAACUUCAAAUGAUGUGGUUUCUGUCAUAUGUUAUGGCUUAAUACACAUGCCAUUGGGUUAAGAUUGUAACAGUUCAAUAGAAACUAUGGGCACAAUCAUGUUUGACAUUACAUAAAUAGACGCAGACAUACAUUAUCUCUGUUUCUACACGUUAGUCUAUUUGUUUUAAUACUCUUUAUUUAUUUUUUAUUUAUGUCUGAUGGUUUCUGUUAUGAAAUCCUAAUUAUAAUAAGUGUUCUGAUCGUCUUUCUUUAAAAAAAGUUUAUGUGAAAUUAAAGAUUUUUCACACAAAAAACAAAGGCAAUCUAACACUGCAAUCCAUUUGCACACAAUACAGGUCAUUUAUUAAGGUUCAUGCAGUUUUAAUAAAUUGUUACGGGUUUAUACUUUUAUCUUGACCAUUUACGGAAUAGUCUUAGCUACACUAUUUACCCAUUUGCUGGUGUCAUUCUCCAUGUACAGCUCUUCAUAAGAUAAACCUGCAAUAUCUCCACAUCACUGUGUCUUCUGUAUGUAUCCCUUUACCACUUAGAUACGCAUUUGUAAGCAUUUGCAUUCCCAUAGAAAGUUAAAUUUAUUUAAAGACGGUUCUUACUUAAUUCAAGUUUUAAAGGCUUCAUUUCCAACCCUUUGAUACUGAGGAGCAGCAAACAGCAUAAAACCUGAACAGACUGAGAGUUACUCGCAGGCUGUUCUGGUUUUAUGCUGUUUGCAAAGCCAUUUGCACGUUGCUUCUAAUGUGGGAAAGAGGUAUUAAUUUGACACUUUAAAGAUUUUUUUGGUAAUGUUGUACGUCACUGACCAAGUUUCAUACCCUAACCUGCAUUUUAGCAGAAGUAAUUGUCGUUUGGUAUGUAAACAAUUCUGGUUAAUGUUUGUGUACAACUACUCCAUAUUUCAAGACAUACAGAUAUUAAAAUUAAACUUUACAUAUGUGUUCUGGGUAUUAAUGAAUAUUCACUGACCAAGAACUAUAACUGGGACUAGCUUUUUAGCAGGAUAAUGACCCAUUUUGUACUUGUAAAAUUGUUUAGGGUUUGAAAAGCAAGGUUAAAUUUAGGUUAGGUUGAAGGGCUCAACAUUAACGGUAAUCUGACAGUCCCUGUCAACCAAAAUAUAGGCUUAUGCAAGGAAACAGGUAUUCUGCCACUCCGAUAGGCCAAGAACAUUGAAGGUCUUCUUUUUAUUAGCUCAGCUGUUUUCAGAGAAAACCUGAGGUAUUGUCAUCACCAGCUCGUCCACUGUUCGCGUAGUGCUAAAACCUUAACAUUGGCUCUAAAAUCAAAGUGUUUCCACACUUCAUAUGUAGCUGCACCUUUAUGAGAUCUACACGCCACACCCAUUUUUUGGGUCACUAGAUCAAAGGUCAAAUUCACUGUGACCUUUAAUAUAUAUAAAAAAUAUCUUCUGACAAGCUUUCAUUUAUUAAAAACUGCACCUGGAGCCGCGCGUUGGCACCUGCUAUGCGGUGCUCUUGUUUAUUUUAGUUUUUUAGCUCACCAUAUUGCUCAGGUGAGCUUUUGUGACCGGUCUUUGUACGUCGUAUGUUCGUCCGUCCGUCCGUCCGUAAACAUUUGCUCGUAAACACUCUAGAGGCCACAUUUCUUGUCCUAUCUUCAUGAAACUUGGUCAGAAGCUUUGUCCCAAUGAAAUCUCGGCCGAGUUCGAAACUGGGUUGUGCCGGGUCAAAAACUAGGUCACUAGGUCAAAAAAAAGAAAAACCUUGUAAACACUGUAGAAGUCACAUUUCAUGCCCAAUCUUCAUGUAACUUUGUCAAAAUGUUUGUCCAAAUGAUAUCUUGGUUGAGUUCAAAAGUGGUUCCGAUUCGUUGAAAUACAUGGCCCCCGUGGGCGGGGCAGUUUUCCUUAUUUGGCUAUAGAGAAACCUUGUAAACACUCUAGAAGUCACAAUUUUUGCCCAAUCAUCAUGAAAGUUGGUCAAAACAUUGGUUCAAUUGAUGUCUCAGACGAGUUCGAAAAUGGUCGAGAUCGGUGAAAAAACAUGGCCGCCAGUGGGUUGGGCAUUUUUCUCUUUAUGUAUAUAGUGGCAGUUUUCCCUAUUUGGCUAUAAAGAAACCUUGUAAACACUCUAGAAGUCACAAUUUUUGCCCAAUCAUCAUGAAAGUUGGUCAAAACAUUGGUUUUAUUGAUAUCUCGGACGAGUUUGAAAAUGGUCGGGAUUGGUGAAAAAACAUGGCCGCCAGUGGGCGGGGCAUUUUUCUCUAUAUGUAUAUUGUGAAAACAUGUGAACACAGUAGAAGUCACAUUUUUGGCCCAAUUUUCAUGAAAUUUGCUGAGAACAUUUGUUUUCUUCAUACGAGAUUUGAGUUCAAAAAUGGUUCCGGUCAGUUGAAUAACAUGGCUGCUGGGAGAGGGGCAGUUUUCUCAUUAUGCACCCCCACCCCACCUUUCGAAGAAGAGGGGGUAUAUUGUUUUGCUCAUGUCGGUCCGUCCGUCCACCAGAUGGUUUCCGGAUGAUAACUCAUGAGCGCUUAUGCCAAGGAUCAUGAAACUUCAUAGGUACAUUAAUCAUGACUCGCAGAUGACUCCUAUUGAUUUUUAGGUCACAAGGUCAAAGGUCAAGGUCACGAUGACCCGAAAAAGAAAAAUGGUUUCCGGAUGAUAACUCAAGAACACUUAUGCCUAGGAUCAUGAAACUUCAUAGAUACAUUGAUCAUGACUCGCAGAUGACACCUAUUGAUUUUCAGGUCACUAGGUCAAAGGUCAAGGUCACGGUGACCCAAAGCAGUAAAAUGGUUUCAGGAUGAUAACUCAAGAACGCUUAUGCCUAGGAUCAUGAAACUUCAUAGCUACAUUGAUCAUGACUCGCAGAUAACCCCUAUUGAUUUUCAGGUCACUAGGUCAAAGAUCAAGGUCACGAUGACCCAAAAUAGUAAAAUGGUUUCUGGAUGAUAACUGAAGAACGCUUAUGCCUAGGAUCAUGAAACUUCAUAGGUACAUUGAUCAUAAUUCGUAGAUGACCCCUAUUGAUUUUCAGGUCACUAGGUCAAAGGUCAAGGUCACGAUGACCCAAAAUAGUAAAAUGGUUUCCGGAUGAUAACUCAAGAACGCUUUGGCCUAGGAUCAUGAAGCCUAAUAGGUACAUUGAUCAUGUCUUGUAGAUGACCCCUAUUGAUUUUCAGGUCACUAGGUCAAAGGUCAAGGUCAUGGUGACCAGAAAUAGUAAAAUGGUUUCCAGAUGAUAACUCAAGAACGCUUAUGCCUAGGAUCAUGAAACUUCAUAGGUACAUUGAUCAUGACUCGAAGAUGACCCCUAUUCAUUUUCAGGACACUACGUCAAAGGUCAAGGUCACGAUGACCUGAAAUUGUAAAAUGGUUUCUGGAUGAUAACUCAAGAACGCUUAUGCCUAGGAUCAUGAAACUUCAUAGGUACAUUGAUCAUGACUCGCAGAUGACCCCUAUUGAUUUUCAGGUCACUAAGUCAAAGGUCAAGGUCAUGGUGACCUGAAAUAGUAAAAUGGUUUCUGGAUGAUUACUCAAGAAGGCUUAUGCCUAGAUUCAUGAAACUUCAUAGGUAUAUUGAUCAUGACUCGCAGAUGACCCCUAUUGAUUAUCAGGUCACUAGGUCAAAGAUCAAGGUCACAUUGCUAAAUAACGUAUUCACACAAUGGCUGUCAAGGUCACGGUGACUCAACUUGGAAAAAUGGUUUCUGGAUAAUAACUCAAGAAUGCUUACGCCCAUGAUCAUGAAACUUCAUAGGUAUAUUGAUCAUGACUCGCAGAUGAAAUAAUGAUGUAACUUGACCAGGAUGUUUGUCUGGACAAUAUCUUGGUCAAGUUUGACAUUUGGCAAAGAUUGAAUGAACCGACUCCUCUCAGGUGAGCGAACUAGGGCCAUCUUGGCCAUCUUGUUUAGUUUUUUAGUUCUUUAUAUUUAGAUCUUUUUAAUAUAUCAAUUUAAUACAUUAUUUGACACUUAGUCCUAGAAGUUGCUUGUUUACAAAUGAUUAUCUUUUUACGCACUAUUAAUGGUCGCUUUGGCUAAAAAUAUUUUAAGAUUAUUUUCUUAUACAACUUCAGUAAGGAUGGAGAUAUUUUUAAGAACUUUUGUGUAGGUAGCUUACAUGCUGAUCUAGCAUGGGCUUGCAUUUAUGGGCCGAUGUGGCCAAGGUUACUGUACCGAAAAAUGGAAACUUUUUUUUCAAUAACUAGUUUGCAUUGUGGUAGUUUGCUGUAAUUUUGUUUCAAUACAGACCUAUCUGGGUUUUGCAUUUGUUGCCAGUCGGGUCAGUCAAUAUUACAAUUUCUGUUCAUAAACGCGCUCUAUCACCUGAUUUUGCUUCGAGUUAUUGUGCUGCCAUACGGUUUGUAGUUACCAUACAUGCAGACUGACCUUGGGAUUGGAUCAGGGGCCAGUCGGAUAAAGGUGAGCUUGUCUGUUACUAAAAAUAGGAAAACAGUUUUUGCUCACGAAUUUUGAUCAAGAAUUUGUGUUGAAAUUUGUGUGCUAAUGGGGAGCUUUUAUGCAGACUUAGAAGUGCAUAGUUAAAUAAAUUAACAAGUAAAAUGAUGAACUUGUACUAUUGUGACAUGAGGAUGUUUCUGGCUAUAACCUUAAUGUGUUUUGUUCUGACAAAACUGGGUAUAAUGCAUGUGCGUAAAGUGCCGUCCCAGAUAAGCCUGUGUAGUCCGCACAGACUAAUCAGGGACGACACUUGAACUUCAUUUUCGGUAAGAAGGGACUUCCUUCAAACUAAAAAUACCAUAAAAGCGGAAAGUGUCGUCCCUGUGCGGACUGCACAGGCUAAUCUGGGACGGCACUUUACGCACAAGCAUUAAAGUGCAGUUUUCUCAGAACAAGACACAAAUGUUCAGGUUUAAUUUUGCAUAUAACUAUCUAUCGAACAUCUACAGAUACAGAAUUUCAGCUUCAAACAUGUCUUCAUUGUCAUUAAAUUAGGUGAAACAUACAUUGCAGCAUUUUGUAGAAUAGUGGGGCAAGAUGUCUUAGGUUGUUUUAUUGUUCAGAUGAUGAUGUCUUUAAAUUGUUAUGGAUAUAUUUACAAACCUUAAAAUUCUUUAGUUACAAAUGUGAAGGGACAGAUAUGAGUGUUAUGGCAAUAUUUGUGUGUACUUUGUUAAUGACUAGCAUAAUGUUUAGUGUUCUUAAAUGAGUGUUUAUGUUGUCUUUUGAAUUAUAAUAAAACCUUAUAAAUA